ACUAGAUAGGGUGGGUAUCCGUUUUCUUUCUUUAACUUUUCGAUCAUGCCUUUUGGUUUGUUAAACGUGAAUCUUUCAAUUGUUCCGUUUCGCUACGGAGCAUAUGAAACAUCCUUCCCUUCAUUGGGUUCUGUCGACAAUCAACGACAGUAUGCGCUCCAAGUCCUGCAUAAAUAUCCACACAACUCACCCAAUUCGAUAGAACAAGCAGCAAAUUAUAAGUUUCAAUUCUAAUGGCGAUUGAGGUCUGUUGCAAAGCUGCUGUCGGUGCUCCUGAUAUUCUUGGAGACUGUCCAUUUUGUCAAAAGGUUCUUUUGACACUGGAAGAGAAGAAGGUCACCUACACAAUCCUUCUUAUUAAUCUGGACAGCAAACCCGAAUGGUUUCUUGAAGUGAAUCCAAAUGGGAAAGUUCCGUUGAUAAAAUUCGAUGACAAAUGGAUUUCUGAUUCUGAUGUUAUUGUGGGUCUGAUUGAAGAGAAGUUCCCUGAACCUUCACUUUCUUCUCCACCUGAACUCGCCUCUGUGGGAUCAGAGAUUUUCUCAAAUUUUGUGACAUUUUUAAAGAGCGAGGAUAGUAAUGAUGGAACAGAGCAAGCUUUGCUUGAUGAAUUGGAGGCAUUGGAAGAACACCUCAAGAAUCAUGGACCUUAUGUGAAUGGAGAAAAGAUCACAGCCGUUGAUUUGAGUUUGGCACCAAUUCUUUACCAACUUGUGGUGGCUCUUCCUCAUUUCAAGAACUGGACUAUCCCUGAAAGUUUGAUUCAUGUGCAUAACUACACAAAGUCUUUGUUUGCUUUGGAGUCGUUUGAGAAAACCAAAGCUGCUAAAGAAUAUGUGAUUGCUGGAUGGGUACCGAAGCUUAAUGCAUGAAGCCAUUCCAAGCUCUAGCUUUAACUAGGGAAGAGUCCCGCAUUGCGGGAUUGGUUACGAAAAAAACCACUGAGAAACAUACGGAUAAAAUCAGUAGAUUCAGAACCCAAAUAGUGACAAUUCCUAAUAGAUGGUUUACAAAGGUUGCAAAUUGUAUAACUACUCCAAGAAUGUUAAGCAUAAACUUUACAAA